UUACUCAAUUUAUAAGCAUGCGUACGCCUGGCAAAUGGCAACCAUUCUAUUUCGUAACAAAUCGGGUAUCGUUCUAUUUGGAGUUGUUUCUGAAUGUAUUAGAUAAUUUUCAGAAUGACAGAAGUGAAAAAAGACGACGUUGUCAAAAUUCUACACACUUAUCCACUCUGCAGAAAAUGCGAUAUGUCUGAUGAGAUGAAACAAGAAGCUAUGGAAUUAUGCGUGACAGCUGCAGAAAAAUAUGCCGAUAAUUAUGAGAGUGUUUCUCGAAUGAUCAAAGAAACGAUGGAUAAAAAAUUUGGAGCUUCAUGGCAUACAGUUGUCGGUGAAGGUUAUGGAUUCGAGAUAACGUAUCAAUUAAAACAUUUGUUAUACAUGUACUGUGCUGGUAACUUAGCAAUAUGUAUUUGGAAAUCUGCAUAAUUUAAUUUAUUCAAAAAUUAGAGAAAUCAUUUUUUUUGACAUGUGAUUAAUAUGUAUGUACGAUUUGUGAAUUUUAUGAAUGCUAAUAAGUUAUAUUAGAACUAGUUUUUUCAAGUUGGAUAAAUAGUUUAAUAUUUACAAAAUGCAUUAACAAAAAUGCAAUAAUUAUUCCAGUCUAUACAAUAUACACAACGUAUUUUGAAAAACAUUGAUUUAUAUCUGAUAUAACAGAUUUACAAAAAUAAAAAUACAAUGAAAGUAUAAAGUUAUCAUAUAGUACUUACGAUUUAUAUUUACAUAUUAUAUAUAUAUAUAUAUAUAUAUAUAUAUAUAUAUAUAUAUAAAAUUGUAGUUAAAAUAGUAAUUGGUUUUCUGUGUAUAUAAUUAUUAAAAAAUAUCUAUAAUGUUUCUACAUUAUAUAUGAUACAAAUAUAUUUAUUUGUAAUAAAAAAUGUUAAAAAAUCUAAAAUAUAAAAUUAUGUUCACCAGCUUUCACUCGUAGCAUAUACGACUUCAUCGAUAGGUAUAGACAAAAUAAGAACUAUAAAGGCAAUAAGGAAUACUGUUUCGCUUAUUUGUUAUAGCAAAUAUUAAAUAUAAUCUACGAUUCGGAGGUCAAAAUUUAACUGUGUUUAAAUAUUAAAUUGAAAUUAUUUUAUAUUUAAAGGGUAUUACUAGCUAUAUACGAAUAUAUACUAUUGUUUAAAUAUUAACUUAAUGUAUUUUAUAUACAUUAGUGUACAUUAUAUAUUUUAAAUAAUUAUAAAAUUUAUUUCAUAGACAGGAUUAAAAAAACUGAAUAUCGAUUUACGCAGUCAGACAAGGAAGCAAUCGUCUACUUCAUGAAAAGUAACCGCAUACCCCUCUAGCAUUCAUAUGAAAAUCAUUAAUGGAGAUAAGAGCUUUUUUAUUUUGCCGCGAAAUUCAAAGGGUGCUGCUAUUUUAUCAUUAAACUUUUUUAUUACGAUAAAUGUCGAAAAAUGCUUGAAAAAAAGGAUACGUUUUUUUUUCGAAUCUUUUUAAAAAGCUUUAUUUUUAUGUAUAAACUAUUCACGAAAAAACAUCAUUUCUGAUACGAUUUUUUUCAAAGAAAAUAAAGUUUUCUUAAAAGUUCAAAAACCUUCAUUUUUAAAAUAAAAUCUUCUUUAUUAAAAUCGUCUCUAUUACUUUUAUUAAAUACAUCUCUCGUUGUUGGCGUAAACAAUUAUAAAAUUAAAGGUGAUGUACAACUUUAAUAGAAAAUCAUUUUAUUUGUAUUGGUUAACUGUUCUCCAAAUGAGAAUAGCAAUAUUCCCACCCGUGAACAUAUAUAAUAAACUAUUUUCUUGAUGGGUUACAGCACAAGCGUAAGAUUCUCCAAUAACUACUUGAAAAGGCGCGCCAAAUCUUCUGUCCAAACUUUCUUUAAUCAUACGUGCCGCUUGCUCAUAGUCAUCGGCAUAUUUUUCCGCGGCAGUAGAACAUGUUUCCAUAGCUUCUUGUUUCAUUUCAUUCGGCAUAUCUGUAAACUGCAAACGUAUUAAAAAUUAAAAACUUUAAGGUA